AUGGGCCUGAUGACAAGCAAGCAGGCGGGCAUCUCAGCGUUCCCGGAAGGGGGCAACUUCCUGACGUGGGCUGCCACGAUCGUUGGGGUGGAGGGCACGCCCUACGCUGGACAGGCCUACAAGUUGUCCCUCCGCUUCCCCAGUGGCUACCCUUUCGCCCCGCCCGUGGUUCGAUUCGAGACGGCGUGCUUCCACCCCAACGUCGAUCAGCACGGCAACAUCUGCCUCGACAUCCUCAAGGACAAGUGGUCGGCCGUCUACAACGUCUCCACCAUCCUCCUCUCCAUCCAGAGUCUCCUUGGCGAACCCAACAACGACAGUCCCCUCAACCCGACCGCCGCAGCCCUCUGGCCCACCCAGGAAGAGUACAAGGGGACCGUGGAGCGCAAGUACCGCGAGGCCACCGCCAACUGCAGGGAAUAA